CCCUAUCCACGUACGGGUAGUCCUAAGCGCCUGGAAGCCUGAACUCGGGAAAUAAUGCAUUAGUGCCUUCUGUUGAGGUGACUAAAACAUUGCCUGACAACUGAGUCUAGGGCCAGUUUUCUCCAAGACCUUCGGUCUGUCCGCGAAUCCGCCUGAAUUAAACUAAAAAGCGACGCCACUACCACUGAAGGGGUGCUGUGGAGAUAAAACUGCCUGCUGCCUUCCUCUGCGUGUUUUUCCUUCCAGAACUCUCAGUCGUGCAUAUUUGUACCAGCUUUUCGUGUGCUGGACGUAACGCUCCAGGAUGGACCCACGUAAAGUGGCAGAGCUGAAGGGCUUCGUGAAGAUGUGCGAGUCCAAUCCGGAGAUCCUGCACCUUCCAGAGAUGAGCUUCUUCCGCUCUUGGCUUCUGAACAUGGGGGCUACAAUCCCCCCCCUGGCCAAGACAGAGGGUUCAUGCCAGGGUGGCUGUCCCUGUGGUCCCCCCCCUGCAGCAGCAGCAGCAGCAGCAGCAGCACCUCCUGAGCCUCCGCUCCAGACUGAGAGCGAAGAGAGUGAAUUAGACAUUGAAAUGGAUGGCGUGAUCGAACCAGACACAGAUGAGCCUCAGGAAAUGGGCGAGUUUGAAAACCUUGAGGUCACAGAGGAGAUGAUGGACCAGGCCAAUGAGAAGAAGAUGGAGGCUAUCGAUGCCCUAGGAGAGGGCGACCUGCAAAAAGCGCUUGAUCUUUUCACCGCAGCCAUCAAGCUGAACCCCCGCGUGGCCAUCCUUUACGCCAAGAGGGCAAGCGUCUACAUCAAAAUGCAGAAGCCUAACGCGGCCAUUAGAGACUGUGACAGAGCCAUCAGCAUCAACCCAGACUCUGCACAGCCCUACAAGUGGAGGGGGAAGGCUCACAGGCUGCUCGGUCACUGGGAGGAGGCGGCCAAGGACCUGGCUACAGCCUGCAAACUGGACUACGACGAAGACGCCAGCACGAUGCUGAAGGAGGUCCAGCCCAAGGUGGCCAGCCGACACGAACCACAGACGGGUGGAGGCAGCCUGCCGACGCUCCUAACAGCUAACAAAAUCAUCGAGCACAGGCGCAAGUACGAGCGCAAGAGGGAAGAGAAGGAGAUCAAAGACAAACAAGAGCGUAUAAAGAAGGCCAGAGAGGAGCACGCGCGGGCUCAGAGGGAAGAGGAGUCACGGCAGUUUGGAUCGGGCUUCUUCCCAGGCCCUGCUGGAUUCCCUGGUGGUGCCCCCCCCGGCAUGCCCGGCCUGGGCGACCUCUUUAAGGAUCCUGAGCUGCUUAACGCCAUGAAGGACCCUGAGGUGAUGGCUGCCUUCCAGGAUGUGGCUCAGAACCCAGCCAACAUCUCCAAGUACCAGCACAACCCCAAGAUCAUGGGCCUCGUCACCAAGCUGAGCUCAAAAUUCGGGGCCCCCCCACAGCCAUAGACGGGAAGUGACCAAAGCGGAGAGGAGACGUUGUGAAACUCUGGAGAGAGACGCUUUUCAACAUUAUUCACUGUGUGUUGUUCAGACGGGGGGUGUGGGUGUGACGGGAAGGAUGCCGGGAAAUUUCUUUCUUAAACGUUUCUUAAGCCUGUUGGCACUCAGCAGCAUCUCGACGGUUAGGAGUCAGGUCAGAUUCCAAGCGGACCUUCCUGAAGCAUCUUAGCUGGGACUUUACAUAACUACAGGUUUACUUUGAACCUGCCUCUGGAACAGCUGCACUGGAUUAAAAAGCUAACAUUUCUAUAGCCCUUUAAUAUGUGGUUUAGGCCUCCGGUUCUCUGUCUGUGAACCCAGCUGAACCCUCACUCAAGAGUUUCAGCCCCUUUUUGUUAUCCAGUCUGUUAUCAAUGCAAAGAGAAAAAUAAUUCUGAUGUUUAACCUUCUUGGAAAAAAGAUGAUGGAAAAUAAAACAUGUUUGAUCCUG